AGACUGUGUGGGGGCGGGAUCUGUAACGGACGUUCUGGAACGCUGUGUUUGUAUCCCAUGGUUCGGAAGACAGAACCUUUAGCCUCUGCCAGAACUCCUAACGCCUAGAUAACAGGUGAGGUAUGGUAACCACAACCAGCAGUGCAGGAACCCUGCCUUCUGGGGCACCUCCACUACAGGGCACUGAGAGGACAUUUAUAGGUUUAAUACGCUACAAAUAAGGACAGGCUUGAAAAUCAAUAAAAUUUAUAUAUGUUAAAUAGUUCUAUACAUUUCCUGGUAUUUCUCCCCUCUCAACAUUAAAUAAUUCCUAUCUAUUUAAUUUCAGGUUUUGGUCGUUGCAAAUGUUAAACUAAAUUGUAAAUGUCAUAAAUGCAAUAAAAGUCACAAAAAAAGCACUGUUUUGCCAUGCUAUUGCAACAUAUACUGCUAACAAACCGAGUGAUGUAAAGGCCUUGUCUUCAUAAGUAAAGUGGUGUAAAAUGUUGCACAGUAUAUAACUUUUAUAACUAAAAGGCAACCGUUUACAUUUGCGUGUUUAAUAAUGUAUCUAAAUGAACUAAAAAUAAGUUUUUUGUUUUUCUCCAUUUACAUGGUUUAUUACAAAGUUUCAUUUACUUGAACUUCAAGGAAGUAAAUUAAAUAUUUCAGCUAAUCCUGGCCUUACCAUAGUUUUUAAUGGGAGCACUGUGCAUGUCCUAUUAACCUCUAUUUAAACUAUUUGCUAAGGUCUUCUGUUUUGCUCUGCACAACCUGAAUGAGUAUGACAGCACUUUUUGAAAUAUUCAUUAUUUUUUUUUUUUGGGAUGUGCAUUAGUAAUAGUUAAAUUCAUUUCCAACUGGACUAAAUUGAGAGGUGCAAAUAUCCCCAGUUACUGACAUUGUCUGAUGUGUUCUUGGUAUGUCUGCUGUUGGAUAAUGGCUUCCAUCACACCUUUGAAUACCAGUAUUACUGAAAUCAUUUAACCCCUUAAGGACCAAACUUCUGGAAUAAAAGGGGAUCAUGACAUGUCACACAUGUCAUGUGUCCUUAAGGGGUGAAAUAUAUAGGUAUGUUGCUAGACCCCAAUCUAUCCUUUUGCCUUCACAUUGAAAAAAUCUCUUCAAAUCUUAACCAAAACUAGGUGCCCUGUACAGAAACAAAUUCUGCCUAAGCCCUACAGUAAGGAAACAGUGCAGCUAAUGCUGGUCAUUGAUUACGGUAAUGUAGUGUAUGCACCUGCACCGCAAACCCACCUUAAUAAACUUAAAGGACCACUAUAGUGCCAGGAAAACAUACUUGUUUUCCUGGCACUAUAGUGCCCUGAGGGUGCCCCCACCCUCAGGGUCCCCCUCCCGCCAGGCUCUGGAAGGGGGAAAGGGGUAAAAACUUACCUUUUUCCAGCGCUGGGCGGAGAGCUCUCCUCUUCUGAUCCUCCUCUUCUCCUCCCCGUCGGCUGAAUGCGCACGCGCGGCAAGAGCUGCGCGCGCAUUCAGACGGUCACAUAGGAAAGCAUUCAUAAUGCUUUCCUAUGGACGCUGGCGUGCUCUCACUGUGAUUUUCACAGUGAAAAGCACGCAAGCGCCUCUAGCGGCUGUCAAUGAGACAGCCGCUAAAGGAAAUAGGGGAAGGCUUAACCCAUUCAUAAACAUAGCAGUUUCUCUGAAACUGCUAUGUUUAUGAAAAAAUGGGUUAACCCUAGCUGGACCUGGCACCCAGACCACUUCAUUAAGCUGAAGUGGUCUGGGUGCCUAGAGUGGUCCUUUAAUACGUUAUAUAAUUCCUUCUGCUGGUUUGUACUAGAAUGUAGUUACUUUAGCCACCAUUGUGACAUGUUAAAAGAGCUAAACUGGCUGUCGCUGGAAUCAUGACGCACCUUACAUCUUUCCAGCCUUGUGCAUAAGAGCUUUUCUGGGAAGCUCCCACCCUACCUGAGUAGAAUGCUCUCUUCGGCUGUGGUGUGCUGCUUGCUGAGGCUGGUGUGCUGUUCACUCCUCGCUGCUGCCUCUCUCCCUCUAGCCGGCACACUCUCUGUGAUAGGCUGUCAUUUCCUCUCUGCAUCCUAUACAACAGGGGCCUGGCCGCGCUGCUAAAUGCGGAACCCCAAUUUUGUUCUCACGGAAAACCAGUUGGGAAAUGCUGCUCUAGUCAGUAGUCUGCAAACACUGGAAUAGAAAAUGGCAAAUGCGUGCAUAAAUAUGGGCUCCACUAUUUUAGGAAUGCACAACUAAAUUUAGUAUAAACAUUGCCUAUUAACAUUAACCAAUGAAUAUUAUCACGAUGAGGAAUCUUAUUAAGUCUGUGUCUUAUCUGGUGCAUGUACAUAAAAUAUACUUUUAAAGGAGUGCCUCUUCUUUCUUUAUUACAUAUUUAUACUUUCUACUUGCCUUUUAUAUCUUCUUCUUGCUGUUGUAGAUUUACAGCUCUUACAGGCUUAUUAUUUCCUGAAAGAAAAUACCAUCUAAAAAACAUCAGAUGCACUGUCAAGUUUCUGUCUAAGCAGUUACAAUAAUGAGUGCAAUUCCUUCUUUUCUAUGAAAAAGGCAGCAGGACUGGACAUGUUUCAUUUCCUGAACUCUUAAAAAAGAGAAGUGCAGCCAUUUACUUAAGAAUGGUUGGGGAAAAUUAGUAACGUAUUUCUCUUACGUGUCAGUUUGGCUUAUCUGUGGGAUCCGCAUGAGGCUGAAAAGGAAUAUGGAAAUAUUGGAAUGGAUUCUAUAAAAAAAAAAACUUAAAGAUUUAUUUUCUUUUUAACAGAUUUUGCCAUUUUCUGAAAUAAACAUCAAGGAGUUUGCAUUUGUCAUGGGUGAUGUCCGUACUCACUUGACACCAGAAACUCCAGGCCGUACAGCAAUCUUGAAUCCGUUUGAGAGCCCAAGUGAUUAUUGCAGCUUGCACGAACCAUUUGUUUCCAGUCCAACAGUGUUCAAACCUACAAAGUCUUCAGCUGUAAGUAUUUUUUGAAGAAUAGUUGUUUUCAUAUUUCUAUAAACUGUUUUAACCCGAGACUUCCUCUAGAAAUCUUUCUCUGUUCAGUGUACUCUCAUUAUAGUUUGCUUAGACCAGUGAUGGUGAACCUAUGGCACGCGUGCCACAGGUGGCAUGCCAGGCCCUCUCUGUGGGCACGUGGCCCUAGGUCGCCGGGAGUGGGGUCCGCUGGCUGUAUGCAAAGUAGGCACCUGCCUGCCCAAAACGGCAGGCGCCUACUCUGCUUCCGGGUCGGGAGGCAGGGGGAGGGCUCUAGGAAGCCGCUCUCCUAUCCUCCUGCGAGCAAGCUGUGUGGAGCGUUGUCGAGCAUUACCAUGGCAACGCUCCACACAGCAUCACGCGGGAGGAUAGGAGAGCUGCUUCCUACAAUACUUACCACCAGGGAUGGCUGUGUUCCCCCCCCCCCUCCUUCACCAAAGGUAAGAGGAAAGUAGGGGGGAUACAGAAUUAAUAUAAUUUAUUUUUUAUUUUUUUUCAAAUGUAUCUUUCCCCCUACCCCCCUACACAGCACCCCUACCCUCCUACACAGCACCCCUACCUCCCCCCAGCACAGCACACCUACCCCCCAUUUUGCAUUUGUUGGAGAUAUUAAUAAAUAUAAGCGUAAUUUUAUCUAUUUAUAUCAUAAUUUACAAUUUGUAUCAUUGAACUCUCUGUUGUGUUCUUCUUUUAAAACAAAAGUUGUUAAUUAGUUCGGACAACUGUACGAGUAGUUUUUUUUCUAAACUUAAACCUCAGUAUUCAGGUUUAAUUGCCAUGUUGGCACUUUGAGGGAAAAAAAAGUUGGCAUGUAUUGCGGUUUGGGCGCUCAAAAAGGUUCGUCAUCACUGGCUUAGACCUUUUAUUUAUCUACAGUAUUUUUUGUGUUCAGCACUACUUAUAAAAUAAUUGCAUAUCUGUUUUAAUAUUUACUGUUUCCUAGACUCCACGCCAGUUUAAAUGGUCUAUCGAUCAGCUUGCUGCAAUAAACCCUGUUGAGAUUGACCCAGAGGAUAUUCAUCGUCAGGCUCUCUUUUUUAACCAUGCAAAGUAAGCUACAUUUAAUACUUUAUAAAUGCUUCCAAAGGGUCUUUCCACAUUGAUCAAAUACUAAAUAGUAAAAAUAGAUUAAUGAUUUGAUGUAGGCUAAUCCAUGUUAAGGCGACACUCCAGACCUGUGAAGCACUUUAGGUUGUUGAAUUGCUUUAUGUGUGAUGAGUAUGUACUGGACUAGGGAGGAAGGGGAUUAUUUUUUGCUUUUGCAAGUUGUUUUUACAUAUAUCCCAAAUGAAAAAAAAAGAAUAAUUAAAGGCAUGCACGUUUUCAUUUGGGUUAUAUCUUCUAAACAGUGUUUGGUUGUUUUUUUUUGGGAGGGGGGGGGGGUUUAGGUAGUGCAGUGUUCUUUUAAAAAUGUACACAUUAAGCUCUAAAAGCACUACAGAUGCUUAAAUGCUGUCUCUUCACUCUGACAAAUGUAAGUAUUACUGUUUUUGGGCAUUUUUUUUUCUGGUAUGAUGACCAAUGUAUAUGUGUUGCUAAACUAAUCCAUCAAAAGCCUUUGGGUAAUUCAAAAUCCCAGCAAUUGUGGAUAAUUGGUAAGGGCACUAAAAUAUGCUCUAAAGUGUUCCUUUUAAUGAUAUGAAGAAUGUGUAGGUUAAUUUUUUUAUUUAUUUAUUUUUUUUUAACAUUAUGUUUUAGUAUUUGAAUUUUGGUUACUGUGUAGAUUAAAAUAAAAAAAGGUAUAUGUAUGAAUGUUUCAUUACCAAGGUCCCUGUUGUCGACCGAAAAUUUGAUUUUCCUGAAUGACUUCUAGUUAUAAACUAAUAAAGUAGAUAUUUUAAUUAUUUUCUCUUACAUAUAGCUUGGAAUGGAUGUUGUGCCAUUUAAAGUUAAUGCAUAAUUUAUAAAAUGCAAUAUUUAUGUUCUUUAGGACUGAUAAAGACAUAGAAGAAAGGAGGCAAAAAGCUAUUGAAGAGGUAAACAUUAUUUUGCAUAUGUGGAUGUUUGGUGUGUAUGUCAUGCCCAUGCAGUUUCACUCCUCAGUCCUCUGCCAUUUAGGCAUAAAAGUGGCUCUGUUACAGUAAACUUGCCUUUCUUAAAUUGAGUUCUCCUCUGCCAUCUUGUCUUUUAUUCAUUUUUUAUAUUCUCGUAAAAUACAUAAGACAAAGGAGGCAAUGAGGGCAAACUGAAAAUGUCAAAAGUGGGUAAAAUGUCUAGCGCCGCAAUCAAGGACACAAAAGGUGGAAACUGGGCACCAGAGGAAAACAAAACAAACAUAUUGAUGGACACUAAGUACAAGAAGAGUUGGAAGAACAUUAAAAAAAUGGAUCAGGCCAUGACAGAGCUGCUUUAAAUCAGUGUGUUUAUGCAGCCCUAACCAUAUGUCCCUUGGGUGUGACUCUCACUGCCUCCAUGAUUAAAGGUUAAUUUUCACCAGCUUUACUUUACAAGUUCUUACCUCCUCUGUUAAUUAAACUUUAGCAGGAGGCUGUUGUACGUUCUAGCAGACAAUAUAGCAGGAGACAAGAAAUUCUAAAUUAAGCACACUCAGGAUUAUUUAUUAAAGUGAGAAGAGCAUUUCACAUUUAAGCCCACAAUAGCUCAAUUUAAAAAAACUAUUAAAGCCUGCUUUGGUUCCAGUUUAGCUAUUUUGGACUAAAGUUUGAAAUUCACUUUUAAUUCCUGAUAUUCCUUUAGUAAAUAAAUGUAAGGGAUGCUAGAAAAUGUAGACUUAUUUUUACUAUUAAAAAAGUGAACAUGUCACAUUGGCAUGCCCAAUGAUACCCUACCCACAGCUGCACUAGUAGCACCCUAACUUGCUGCCUCACCCUUAGGGACAGACCUAGAAACUUACGGUCACCACUCUAAACAAUGCUAAGCCUUGUUUUGAAAUGUACCACCUUAACCAGACAUUUAAUAAGCAAAUGCCUAGAUCUCGAACCGUUAAAAGGUUACGUAUUAACUUUGUGCAAAUCCAUCAUGCCAUAAUUCUGUUUUGCUAUGACCAUAAAAAUUGAGUCUGCUGAUGCUACUGUGGCAAUACAGGCACUGUUGUAUUCACCUGCAUGUCAAAAAUAAAGAAUUACAACAACAAAAAAGUGAACAUAUAGUAGUAUCAUGGUCAUAAAAUAUCACUACGGCUUUAAGAUAUGUAGGGCAGUUUUCUCCAAAUGCAUAGAUGGUCAACUUGAGAGACAAAUUUGCAUGUACUGGUAAAUCAAUUCUAUUAUCCUAAGUAAACAUUCCAUCUAAGCAUUGAGGAAUACCUCCUAAUACAUGUGAUGUGGAUUUGUUUUUUUCAGUUUUUCACUAAGAGAACAAUUGUUCCUUCACCUUGGACUCAGCAUGAAGGGAAGCAAGCUGCUCAGUUUCAUUCAACCAAAUGUAAGCAUGUUACUAACGACUGUUGGACAAUCAUAAGCUAAUGUUUAUAAUAAUUGAGAUAUUGGUUAUAAACACAAGCUUUUGUGUAUUAAAAUCUCUUAGAGGGACCAUCGCAUCCAAUACUUAUGUAAAGUUAACUAUGCGUUGUACGCUAUAUUUUAUUUUAAUUUUAAAUAUUAGAAUUUAUAUUGUGUCUGGCUGUCCCGGCACACACCAUGUAAGUUAAUUUGUAUAAUUUAUAUUCAAGUGUCCGAGCAUGCUUGGGUACUAUGUAGUGAGCUAUGCUGUUGAAUAUUAUGUAACAAAAUAACAGCACCAUAUAAAUCUUGGUAAAGACAACAGAAGGACAGGUACUGGUUGGAUUGGACACCCAGUCUUUGCCAUGCCAUGAUAAAAAGUGAAUAUUCAGUUGAAAAUGUCUGUCCUGAUACAUUGAUGACGAGUGCUGGUAUUCUGCUGCUCCUGGAUAUAUGAGUGUUCUGUCUGAAGUUGAUGGAGUGUUUCCUGUUUAGGUGUUAAUUCAUGGGUGUGAAUUGUAUAUCACCUGAUGCCCAGUACAUGCAGUGCUGGGCAGGAAGGUGUGUGUGUGUGUGUUUUUUUUAAAUUCUUAGUUUUCCCAUGGGCAAGCUGCAGGGCAUCCUUGGUUGGAUUGGUGGCAGGCCCACAUUAAAAGUUGUCUGUGGAUGGCUGCAGCCACAAAGAUGCAAAGUACGGUGGCAGCUAGUUGCUCAUUGCGAUGCACAAUGCUGAUGGCCGCUGGGAUACAGUUUGAUAUCUUAUUCCCGUGGCAGAAAUUCUGGGCAUGGAGGAGAGACAUGACAUGCAGGCAGCUGCUAGUAAUUUCAAUAUUUAAUGGGACUGUGCUGUGUGUAGGUGUCAGUGAAGGAGUAGUUUGUGUCUAUUAAUGGACGUGGGUCUGUGUAUGUAUGUAUACUUGUGUCAGGAAGUGCAUCACAAUUGCAUACAGACAGUGCAUGCGCACAGUCUGCACACACAGUCAGCAGGCACUGAAAAAAGGGAGAUGCUAUGGGAGAGGAGAGGGCAAAACACUCAGGGUAAUUAAAAAAACUUAGAAUGUUUGCAAAAUCAAUUUAAAUGGCAAAAGUGAGGCAAUAAAUUGCCGUAUUGUGACUAUAGCAGAGUUACAGAAUUUUUCACAAUUGGCUACUUUUGCCUCUGCUUUUCCAUUCAGAUUUGAUUUGUGAAAAUUCAAUUAGCCCUGUCAAUGUCCAGGAGUCCCAAUAUUUUUGAUAAAAAUUAUUUGUCAGGGCAAGUAGAUUGGGCUAUUGCUUUAGUCUCGCACAACUAUUUAUAUGCAAUAGAUGUAUUUUUUCCAUGUAUUGUAAUUGUGUGUUAGUGACUUACUUUAGUGUAUGAAGAAAUACUGUUUUAUUUGUAGAAUUUUAUUAAUUAUGGUAUAUCAUUUCUGUUCCUUUAGGUGUUGAUCUUAUGAAUGAAUCCCCUAUAGGGCGAGUACAAGCCAUUCAGUCAGGAAGAAUCACAGGUGAUUUGAUUGAAAUAUUUGUCUUUGGUUUUCAUUUUUCUUUUGUUUACUCUAAUUUUUUUUAUCUGGAACUUUAAACUUACAUAAUAAAAGGUUUAAUUUGCUUGGUUUAUAACACAUACUAAAACCAUUGUCACAAUAUGGAAAACCAAAGGAUGACUUCAAAAUAUGUAACCAAUGUGUAGUCAGGCUAAAUUAGACUUAAAUUAAUUACCCAUUACUAACUCAGCUGUCUCGGGGGAAAAAUUGUUUUUUUGCAUUUUAUUUAUUUUACAAUGUUUACAUUUCAAAUUCCCAAUUUCUUGUCUAAAUUGUAUUUGGUGAUUGGUAAGACCUCUCCCAAUCAGUGCUGCAUUACCCCACUAUAAAUUUACAUUAGAAAUAUUUAUAUACUAUACAUUUAUUGCACCCACACUUAUCUAUGCUAGUUAUUUGAUAUUAUGAGCUUUUAAAGCUCAAGGUUCCGCUUAUUAGCUAAAUAGUUGAUUGAUUAUAAGUAAUACCUGCAUGUUUCUUCCCUUUCAUAGUUGGUUGCCAAACGCAAUUGUCCUUACCCAUUGAUUUUAAUUUGGAGAAUGUGUUGGGUAAGUGUACCAUGAAUGGGUUUCUGUAAACACAUUUCAUUUUGAAUUGUGUAGCUUUAGUGGAUAUAUUAAUGGAUUUUCUUUUUCUUUCAAGGUGAAUAUUUUAGAGUUGAUGAAAAUGCAGAUCAAUCCCAGGAAAAUUUAAGCUCUGCAUCUCUAAGGAGAAAGCUGUUUUUAGAUGGCCAAGGGAGUUUAUCAGAUAGUUCAUAUCCACCGUCUCCCCAGACAUCAUGUGAUGUUCCAGCAGCUUCACUUGGUGUUUUGUGCUCGUUAGACUUGUCUCCUGUCCGUUGCAGAAGUCCCACACAGACACCAAGUUCGGUAAGAUUAAUUAAUGAACACAACUGAAAUCAAAUAUGGAUCCUUUUCCAUAGACUGUCCGUGUGGUUUAGCAAAAUGAUCUAUGUUAAAGGAUACCGGUUUUAACCAGCUAAAUGUGAAAUAGUUGGCCAGCACCAUACAUUGCACAUAAGAAACUUGGCCAUGUCAUUUUCAGAUAACCAUGUUCAUGUAGUUUCUAACUUUUUUAAUCAAUUCAUUUUUUUCCCCACUAAUUUUAUCCAAUUAAAGGGUCAGUUCUCAUCAAGUCCAAUCCAUGGUGGUAAAAGAGCAUAUAGUUUGGGGAGUAACACCAGCCCAACCUUCUUUGAACAAACUCCAUCUAGAGUUAUGUCGCCAUCAUUUUCUCCUAUAGCUGUUCAGACGGCAGGUAUGAUCCAUAUUUUCGUUGUCUUAAUGCAUAAUUGUACAGUUAUUUGAUUUCUUGCUCUGUAAAAUGUUUAAAGUGUACCUGUAAUGGAAAAACAUGACUUAAAGGAACACGGUGACUAGGGCCUCAUUCCGCGGCGAAUAAAUGGUUUACCAUAUUUUUUUUGCUUGCUUUAAUCCAGCACCAGGCUCCUUCGGCACUAGCGACCUCUCCUCCUCCAUUGACGUCCGCUUCCGAGUGGAGCCGAAUGCAGAUGCGCUGCCACAGGACCACGUGCAUUUAAACCCGUCCACAGGAAAGCAUUACUCAAUGUUUUCCUAUGGGGAUCUUUUUUGACACUGGACUUCGUGAGGACGUCCAGCGUCAAAUAAGUGCGAUUUACUCCGUUUAGAUCGCAGAAUCUGCAUCUAGUUUCUGUCAGGGAGACCGCCACUAGCUGGGUUAACUCUGCAGUGUAGACAUAGCAGUUUCCUUUUAACUGCUAUGUUUUUGGCUGCAGGGUUAAAACUAGGGGGACUUGGCACACAGACCACUUCAUUGAGCUAUAGUGGUCCUUUAACGUGCUUCCACAUACAUUGAAUUCACCAUAUAUCAUGAUGAUAUAUGGUGUAUUCAAUAUAAAGUUACUCACUUUUCCUCUGUUCCAGUGCUACUUCAUGGGUAUUUCUCUGUGUAACACCAAAUGCUGGCCUUCCUCCGCUCUGUUUUUCUUUGAUUUGCCCUGUUUGGGACGCAUCUGAAAGCAUGUCAAAUCUCGUCAGUGAUGUCGGCACGCUGGAAAUUCCAACUGGGCAGUUUCUAUAGCAACUGCAGUGCAUGUGCUGUGGUUGCUCUGGGAGAAGAGCAGAAUGAUCUCCUGUGGGGGAGGUAUUUUCUACUCUCCCUUGUCAGUCAAAGUCUCGGCAUUCCGUGACAUUUGCUGACAGUUGUGUGAGAGAGAGAAAAAAAUUAUUUUUUUUUUAAAAUAGGUAUUAUACAUUUUUUUUGCAAAAUUGCCAGCAAAAUAUUGAUAAAAUUGUAUGCUCAAAUCUAAUGAGCAUAAGGCAUUUUGGACAUGACAAGUGCCCUUUAAAGCUAUAUAUACCUGACCGCUAUAUACUACUGGCUUUAUUUGGGAUGGGGUGAUUCCUCUUCUCAAUGAAGCCCUGAUAUGAAACCAAAGAUGUAUUCAUAACACUAGCAGUUUUCUCUGCCUCGCGUUCCCCACAGCAUUGCAAAAGGUUAAAUAACCCUUCAUUCUCUUACCAGAUUCUAGCGCUGAAUCGCGCACUGUUUCUUCCAAUGUCAGACAAUGGGGGAACCUAAUGAGCAAUCACAACAUGCAUUAGGCCUUCCCUAUAGGAAAGCAUUGCCUCAAUGCUUUCCUAUGGAAAUUUCUCUAAUGCAGGAUGUCCUCAUGCAGACCGUGAGAAUGUCCAACUCGUUUCACUCCAGGAAGAACAUCUAAUGGCUCUCUGGUAGAAAGCCAUUAGAGGAAGUCUUAGCACUGCAAUGUAAACAAUGCAGUUUCUCUAAAACUGCAAUGUUUUACAUUGACGAUCUACGAGGGGCAGGGACACUGCACUAAGACCACUUCAAUAAGAUGAAAUGGUCUGGGUGCCUACAGUGUCCCUAUAAACAGUUUAAUACUAACCCAGGCGAUGGUGUGCGUUGAUUAGUGUGUUUCUUUGAGUUUGGUUUGUUUCUGUUUUACUUUUAUUUUUAUUUCUUCUAAUUGAGAUGUUUUUGUCUUCUGCAGAGGAGAAAAGACUUUCUUUUCCUUCACCAGAAACACUUUCUGCUUCGAAAUCCAUGGUUAAUUCUUGUGCCAGGAGCCCUUACAUUGAAGGAUGUUCUCCAAUCAAAAACCCUUUCCAAAUCCGGUCAAGACCAUGCAGAGGAAAUUCUCAAUACCGAACUUCCCUGUUUCAGAUUCCAUUUACCCUUGACAAUCAAGAGGAAGACAAAGAAAACUCUCCACCUUCCAGCAUUUUGUCACCAGAAAGGGAUGUGGAUUUACAUUUUCAAACCUUGGAUAACUAUCCAUUUGAUGCCCAACUAGUACAGGACAGUAUGCCCCCUGUUCUCCCUGAACUGCAAAGUUGUCCACAAACAUGUGAAGAGCUGAAAGACAAUGACACUGUAGAAAUGGUUGAUCCUGUGGAAAAUGAAGAUCCCAUGUGGGACAAGGACGUUGGAGUUACAGAAAAUACACCUAUGACAAGCUUUACAAAUGGAAUAACCUUUAGUGGUGAAAGUUCCCAUAUGUGCAUGUCACCUCUAGCUGAAAGUAGUGUCAUUCCAAGUGAGAGCAGCAGCAUCCAGGUAUUGUGUGUGUGCGUGUGCACAAUGUGAUUCAUGAUAGUUUUGUUUCUUUAUUUUGAGUUUAUAAAAUCUACUUUUACUGUAGUCUCUGGGACUAUGACUUCCAUCCUGUUUUAGAGUCCUACACCAGAAGAUGGUAGUUAUUGUUAAAUAGCUAUUGGGUUGCUGGUGGAGCGUUUUGAAGGUUAAGCUCAGUUGUACUUGGUAAUUAAAUCUGUGGUUAACCAAAGUUUCAGAAAAGAAAGCUAUUCUAAACUGUAUUCUUUUAUGUAAAGUAAAGACAUACAAAUUAACUUUCUAGUUUGUUUCAAAAUGGCGAGCACCACUGAAACGUUUACAAAGUUUUGGGAAUCUGGGGUUUGAAAUGAUUGAAUUAAGGGCAAAUCUGUCCAACUGUAGUCUUGUCUAUUUGUUUUUCUGCUUUCUAUGUGGUUUUCUAAAACUUGCACUGUUUGAACAGGUGGACAGCGGUUACACAACACAAACCUAUGGGUCCAGUAUUAUCGAUGGAAUUGAAAGUACCUCCAAAGAAAACUCUACUCCUUUUCAUGAACAUCAUCAACCCCAACAUUGUAAAGUUAAGGUAUGUAAUGUGUCCAGCAUUGGAACGUUUGUGUAAUGUGACCUUAAAGGGAUUUAAUUUUAAUGUCAAAAAAACUUUAGCAUAAUGAAGCCAUUUUUGUGUAUAUAUAAUGCCCCUGCAGUCUCGCUUCUCAAUUCUCUGCCGUUUAGGAGUUAAAUCACUUGUUUUUGUUUAU